AGGUCAUCUAGCUAGCCUAUACAUCCAUAUGAGGAGAGAGAAGAAAGUGAAUAUCGCUAUCUGAAACUUUAGAAAAGUUGGAGAGCGUGAAAACUGACUGCAGCUCCGCAUCCACUUUAAUACUGAAUCUUAUAUGAGCUCCGAGAAAAAAAUACUGAGACCGAAAGACAUUUGUACACGAUUUCUACAGUCCGUUAUCGGCAUAUUCACAGAAUUUGCCCUCGAAGGUACCGGACACAUCUGAGGACACUCGGGUCUGCGCAAACCUCACACAGCAUCAUCAUGAGAUUCUUCCAUCCUCUGUAUCUCCUUCUGCUGCUGCUGCUGACAGUUCUGUUCAUCACCAACGCCGAGAAACAAGAUUUUCUCAACCUGAGGCGGAAAUAUCGCAGACACCACUGUCCAAAGAAGCGUUGUCUACCUCUUCACUCCAGAGUACCAUUCCCUUAAGGUUUUACAACUCUAGAGGAACCUCUACGCAGCUAUCCUUAUGAUGCUUCUUCAAGCAUUAGGAAACCCAAAGACCAGCAAUGGAUGGAAAAAGUUUCAUAUCAGACUCCCUGAGGGCUGUUCAUUCGCCCAUAUAUUGUAACCAAGCCAUGUUAGUCACAUCUGUAUAGAGGGGGUGUAUUGUUUUAUGAAAGUUAAUGAACAAGUUAUGGGGAGAUCCACUGCAACAGGACACGCUAAAACUCAUCGCUCAAUCAGUUUGAGUUUGCCAGAACCAUUGUAAAUAGUAAGGACUGGAUGAAAUGUUUAUAUGUAAGUUAUGCACUUCAAAUGUUUUAUUAUUAUCCUGAUUAAAUAAAAAGUGUAUUGUCUUUUCA